ACAUCUCGGCCACAUUUCGUCCGAGGAUCAAACCCACACACAGCCGCGUCGCUUGUUCGGGACGUCCUGUGCUGAAGCUCAGGAAGCGCGUCAGUGGCGACAGCAACACGUUCAGCUCUGCGCUCAUCUGCACCAACACCACGUCCGUGUGUGGCUGAUACAUUCACCUAUUCAACGCCAUGGAGGACUACUGUUACCCUGUUUAUUUCCAGUGCCUCGAGCUGGACGAAGAGCAGCGGAGGAGAAUCCGCAACUACUUCAAAAUCCGCCGCAAGUCAGGCGGAGGCGAGUGCGGCUGUGUGAUGAAGACAGGCGAUAAAAGCUACAGUGUUGCUUUUAAAGAGCGAGAAGCUCAGCAAAGGGUGCUGGAGAAGUCUGAGCAUGUGUUGGACUUUGCAAAUGGUCCUCUGGUUGUGAUUGUACGAACCAACCCAGAACCUCACAGCCCUGUCAGCACCGUGUCCCCCAAUCAGUCAGUGACCCCGAAACUGGAUGCGGCAGCUUCAUCACAGCAGCCCAUUCCUACUACCAGCCUGACCCCUACUGGUGAAGAGUAUGAAUUACACCCUGACGCGUUCCUCAUUCGUUACCUCAGUGAAUUUCCUACCGCCUGGAGCGAACUGCAGAGUGAACUCACCUCCGUGUCCUGCUCUGCUCAGAUUUACCCAGAGGAAGGAAGGGUUGUCGUCAGGAGAUCAGCUCAACCUGCAGAUGCAGAUAAAGUUAGAGAUUGGAAACUUGGCAUAGACAACCUGUUUGACAGCUACCUGUGUCACUAUGAGGUGGACCCUCACAAAGUCAAAGCGUUGCUUCAGUGCUGCAGCUCCUACCAGAACACAGGUGAGGUGGGGGUGUACAGUGAGGCUGGGAUGGCUGUUGUUGUAGGGAAAUGCUCUCAGGUGAACGUCACUUUGAAGAAUUUGGAGGUUUCUACUAUUAAAGCUCAGGAAUCAGUUCUUAGUGAGAAGCAAAUCAGCAUUUGUCGACUAGGAGAAGGCAAACUACGUCUUCUCCAGGAAGAGAUUAAGCAGCGUUUGGAACAAGAUUUUCCAGGAGUGAAAGCCUCACAGGGAGAUUCUGGCCAGUUAAUAUUGGAAGGUUCCAUGAAGGAGGUUGUUCUGGUCAUAGAGCUGGUUUCUGAUAUGGAGAGGUUUGUGUCAGAGACAACAGUUCCUGACAUGAGUCCACUUGUUUUGGCCUUCCUAAAAAAGGCCUAUGGAGGUCCAGGGAUGCUCCGUGAGUUUUUGGGUUUAAGUGAUGACGUUGAAAUCGAGUUACGAGACACAGAGCUACGCUUCCUCUCUAUCUCCCCAGAAAAAGUGGAAGAUGCAAAAGUAAAAACACAAGGAAAAUUUAAGGAAGUCAAACUUGAUGUUCCUAAUUGUUCUCCUCUGCUGUCUGAGCUUCGGGAAAAGCUAAAGUCCAAGACAAAUGAGAUGAACCAGGGGCAGUGGAGGGUUCAGGCUGUGUUUGUCUCAGACAUUACAGUGUGUUUACUGGGUCACAGCAAAGAGGUCGAGGAGCUAAGAGAAGUUGUCUCUCAGCUUAUUUUGGACCACUCAGAAAUAAAACACCAAGUCAUUCUCCCUUUCCCAGAGUUGUCACAAACGCUACCAGAAUUGCUUCAGCUGCAUAAUUUUGACCACUCAGGCGUGGUCUUUCAUUAUUUAACCUCUUCCUCUCGACCAAUGAUGGUUCUUGAAGGUCCAGCAGUCAAAGUGGCUGAAAUCAAGAAAUGGCUUGUUCCAUUCCUCGACUCUCUUUUUCAGACAAGAGUCACCAUUGACCUGCCAGGGGCAGCAAGGUAUUUGGAAAGUUCCUCUGGUUAUGAAAAUCUCUUAAGUCUUUCUCAAUGUCAGAAGUGCCUUUUACAUCUUCAAAAAGUGCCUCGUGAGAAUGGAAGCUCCACUGUUGCUAGCUACAGCCUCUGUGAUGGGCUCCAGGUGCAGGUGUGUCAGGGCGACAUCACUAAACUAGAGGCUGAUGCCCUGGUUAAUGCUGCCAAUGAGGAUCUGGAUCACUGUGGAGGUGUUGCUGCUGCACUGAGCAAAGCAGGUGGUCCUGAGGUGCAGAAGGAGAGCAAAGCCUUAGUGAGGCAGACUGGAAAGAUACGUACAGGGGACGUGGUGGUCACCACAGGGGGAAAUCUGAAGUGUAAGAAACUGCUGCAUGCCGUUGGUCCCAAAGCUGGAAAAGCAGGUGGCAGAGAAAAGUUCUUACUGAAAAAAACAGUCACAUCUGCUCUGCAAUUAGCAGAAUUGAUGGAGUUUAGGUCUAUAGCCAUACCGUGUAUCAGUUCAGGUAUUUUUGGUGUUCCUCUCGCUGUGUGCUCUGAGGCUAUUGUAACUGCCGUGGAAGAGUUUGGUGGUCAGGGAGGUCGCAGCCUGAGCACAAUCCUCCUGAUUGACAACAGAGAGGAGGUGGUGAGAGCCCUGCAUGACGCAUGUGAAAGGAUUCUCCAAGGGACCAGUGGUAGAAGUCGGAUGCCGAGUGGUGUGGGGGUCCAGGCUGGGGCUGCUGCCCAAAACACAGAGAGAGGAGCCACUGCUGGAGCUGCACAGGACGGUGUACAUGUAGAGGUCCUUCAGGGAACUAUCGAAACACAGCAAGUGGACGUCCUGGUCUCUCCUAUAGUUGGCCAUGACCCCCUUUCCACCAAUGUUGCAAAGGCUUUGUUCAACUUGGCUGGACCUAAGCUGACUGCAAACUUUUAUGCUGAGGCAGGAGGAGCAACACAGCCUGGUGACACCGUCCUGGUGCAGGACUUACCCGGGCUUAAAUGUAAAGCAGUGAUCUUCCUCAAUCUUGCAGUCUGGGGUAAUAACCAGCAUGGAGGUGCAGUGCAGGUGCUGAAGCGGGGCGUUGGAGAAAUCCUGACUUCCUGUGAGACCAGAGGCUUCACUUCAGUUGCGUUUCCUGUUCUUGGGACUGGCGCCAUGCUGUGUUUUCCUCACAGUGUGGUGUCCAGAGUUGUACUCGAGGAGAUCAGAGCGUUUGAGCAAAAGCGAACCAAAAGUUCCCCCUUUCUGGUCCGUAUCGUCAUUCACCCCAAUGACAGAGAAUCUAGCAAGGCCUUCCAGUCUGCCCAGGAAACUCUGCACCUCAGAGGGUUCACAAAUGAUACAGACCCAGAUCAAGCUUCCUUUUACCGCCAUGUUUCCAUACGUAAUGAUGAGGUCAUAGCCAUGCUGGGUGGAGUCAGGCUUCAGUUGGUCUAUGGUGACAUCAUAAAUGAGGACAGUGAUGCCAUUGUCAACACCACUGACUUCUCUAAAACCCAUGUUGGUGUUUCUAAAGCCAUUCUGACAGCAGCUGGGAGCACUGUUCAAGCAGAAUUGGCCCAAGCGGGCGUUCCACGGGACAACAUGUGCACUACAGGAGCUGGGUCUCUUCAGUGUAGAGAAAUAAUUCAUGCUAGAUUCAGGCGUGAUCCAAAUGUGUUUCAGAAUAACUGCAAAAAUAUACUGACACACUGCGAGAGCAAAGGCUACAGCUCUGUGUCCUUCCCAGCCAUCAACACUGGUGCGGCUGGUAUGGACCCUGCUAAAGCUUGUAAAGCCAUGCUGGAUGGAUUAUCUGCAGCCAUUAGGGACUUGAAGCCAAAUUCCCUUUCACUCAUUCGCAUUGUCAUCCAGCAACAACCAAUCUUCCAGGCGUUCAAAUCAGAGCUGGACAAUCGAUUUGGACUAAUGGCCACCAGACGCCCCAGUCUGAGAGACAAGGCAAAACAAAAGCUCAAGAAGUUGCAAGAGAAGUGCUCACAAACCCCCAGAGCUUCAGUACCAGAAGAGAAACAACCCUUCUCCUCAAAGCCUCAUCCAGCUGUAAUAAAUGUGACCUGCCGUGGUCGAGACACAGUAAAUAUAAUCAAGAGAGAUCUGGAGGACAUUGUGCAGAAGCAGCUGAUAGAGAGAGUUCUAGAUGUGAAUGAUAUUUCCAAGCUUGAUGUCAUGGAGUAUGAGGCAGUGCUGGCAAAGGUCAACGUCUUAGGAAUAAGUCUGGAGCAGAUGUUUAAAAGUGAGAUUGGCACUGGAGCUAGAAACCCAGCUGGAGCUCAGUCGGGUUUGGAAGAAGAGGUUGUUUUGCUGAAAGGCCUAAAGGACGAUGUUUGGAGCGUCACUGAGCUUGUAAACGAAUCGCUCAAAAGAGCACAGCAGGAAAAAGAAGAAGCGAUGUUGGCUCUUACAGUCCAGUGGUCCAUUCAGGAUGUGGACGGAGUCUGGAGGGAGCUGAGUCUGCAUCACAACUACAUGCUGGAGAAUGCUUAUUUGAAACAAAGCGUGUUUGCAGAUGUAAUGGCACCAAAUGGCACAAUGGUGGCAGUAAACCUGACGGCACGAGAGGCCACGGACCGACGAACAGGUUUGACCUACAAAAUGAAGAGAGAAGAGACAGAUGCAGGUUUAGAGUUGCCUCGUCAGUGGGAGCCUAUGCAACAAGAAGUCUUUAAAAAGGUCGCUCUACAACCUGACUCAGACGAGUACAAGGCCGUAGCCCAGGGUUUCCUCAACACAGCAAAUAACUACAGCAUUCAAAAGAUUGAGCGUGUGCAAAACCUCUACCUAUGGCGCGCCUAUAGCUUGUGUAGGGAGCGUAUAUUUACCAAGAAUGGUCCCGAAGACGUCGGAGAAAUGCACCUUUACCAUGGAACAAAGGCAGAGUCAUGCGAGUGCAUUGAAAGGAACAGAUUUGACAGGAGCUACGCAGGAACAAAUGCUGCUUUUUAUGGCAAAGGAGUGUACUUCGCUGUCCAUGCAAACUAUUCAGCCGAUAAAUUCUCCACACCCGACCCAUUGGGGCUGAAGCGCCUCUAUGUUGCCUGCGUCCUGACCGGGCGCUACACCGUUGGGAAUUCCGCUAUGAAAGCGCCACCUCCUCGAGGCACAGAUCCCACGGACUGCUUUGACAGUUUGGUGGACCACCAGCAGCAGCCAACCAUGUUUGUGAUCUUCCACGAUGACCAAGCCUACCCAGAGUACCUCAUCACCUUCAAAUAAGCAUUUGUAUCAAAAGAUGUGCAGUAUCAGUAUAGGUCCGAAUCAGUUACAGUGGACAGUAUCGAGAUGGUAUGGAGAUAAUGAUGUUAAGCAUUUACUGUAAACAUGGCAGGAAGUCAUUGUGCUUUAAAGUAAUUUUUUUUUCGAACCUCUGGUUUUGGGCAGUGUUUAUUUUUCAGCAAGACAAACAUAGUGUGACUGUAAAAUUAAAUUUGCGUGAAGGUAGAAUGGGCCUAUUUCAACUAACCUUUUGAAUGACUAUUAAUUUUUUUGUCUGCUUCAUUUGUAUUGGAAAGUAUGUUUAAAGAAUCAUGUCGGCAUCGUUUGACUGUUACAUAAAACAUAUUUGUUUACAUUUGUUUUUAGUUAGCCCUAGUCUGGACGAGUUGUUACUGUAGAUCAUUCAGUCAUGUUACACAUUUACUGUCACGUCUUAGGUCUACUUCCGCUGUUAUUUUGAAAGGACUUCCUGUUCAUGUCACGUCACAGCUGUUCCCUGCCAUUACCGGUCCUCAUUAUUCACACCUGCAUCUCAUCAGUAAUCAGUCACCCAGUAUUUAAGCACCACCUCUCACCCCAGCACCUUGCCAGAUUGUUGCGUGAUUUCUACCGUGUUCCAGCGUCCUGUAUUCUAGCCUAGCCUUGUUAUCUUGAACCCCGCUACUCACCACUGAUACCGAUUCUGUCUAGUCCCUGUCUGCUCUGUACGCCUUAGUUCUUGAUCCUGUCUGGUAACGACCUUGCACGCUAGCUUGAUGACGACCCUGCCUCUGACGGAGCGGUACUGUGAUCUUGAUCUCCUUGUUAACGAACCUUGCCUGCCCACGAUACGGAUUCAGCUUGAUCCUUUGUUUUACACAGUAUUGCCUACCUGUGUAUGACCCUGCCUGAUCUGGACUCUGUCUCUUGGAAUAAAGCGUGUCUGUGCUGUG